AUGCCAGACCAAAGGACAACCAAACGACUUGUCAUCCUCGUUGACGGAGCAGAAUGGCGCCAAGGUGAAGAAGCGCACCACAACCCUUCCAGCAUCUCUAGGCUGCAUAGUCUCGUGACUGAUGGACCCACGGAUGGCUCUUCGGAUGAGGGGGUGUUGCAGGUCAAGAAGUAUUAUUCUUGCAUUGGUAAAGCGCCCAGCCUGGCCGACAAGUUCAAGUCCAAGGUACCUGGCGACGACACCGACGACAAGAUCAAGCUGAUCACACGGGAUAUAUGCUCCGUCCUGGAGUCUCCGGAGGAUGAGGUCUAUCUCUUCGGGUCCGGUCAUGGCUCAUUCGUUGCUCGUGCCGUUGCUGGUGUCAUGCAUCACAUGGGAUUACCGAAAAGAGAGUCCCUUAACCGAUUCGACGACCUCUUUGACUGUACUUGCGCUCUACAAAAAGCAUGGGCGGAAGAUGACAGUCGCAAUGGCCCAAGGCUAAUGAGCACACUUCAAGCCCAUACAUUGGGUGCACCGCGGAUACGCUUCAUGGGACUGUUGGACAGCCUCAAGACGACCGGGACAACCACUGUAUACGACACGUCCUAUGUCUCUUCUAUCGCGCAUCUCCGCGUCGCCUUGGCCUUGAAUGAAAAUCGCUCCAGCAAGGCGGCCCAGCUGCUCGAGAUCGGCAAGUCCAUGGACAUGACUGCCCACUCCUUUGUGCAAGCAUGGUUCAUUGGCUCUGUUGAUGACAUGUGCGGCGGCGUGUUACACGACGGCUUGUCACUCUAUCCAUUGCAAUGGAUGCUGAUUGAAGCCAUGAGGACGGGACUCUACAUCUCGGGUUCUGGCAAUCAGGGGGCAAAGGGCCAGGAUCCAAUGGCUCUCGUCUUUCCGCAGUACGCCGGCAGCUUGCCAAGCCUGGACGGAAGCGAGGAUAUCCUUUGGAGCUUCAAAUAUGUCAACGGUAUACAGGUCAGCAUGUUCGACUUGCAAACGGUACAUGCUAUCCCAACAACUUCUGAGGGGGAUUCACACAGUCUGAGGCUCGAUCAUGAAUGUUACUCUCAUACUCCUAAUCGAAAGAUAUUUGGUUCCAGCGGACUCAAGGGCUGGAACUCUACAGGCAUGUUUUGGUCUCAUCUUUUGUAG